AUGUUUUUUCAAGGAGGAAGACCAUUUGAAGUUGUCCAGGCAAAUGACGGAAGACGGAUCCUAGUUUUUCUUGAAGAAGGAGGUGGCAGACGACAGGUUCAGACGUUGUCGCCACAAAGUCAAGGUAUUGUCGAGGCCUUCCCUCGAGAUCUUUCCUCGUUGUCAAGGAGACAGCGUCGUGGUCUCGAAAGCUUACGAAGAGACUUGAUCAGACGUGUACGAAGACGUACAAAUUGGAGUCGAUACACAAUACAGAGUGAUCAGAAUGGGACGCCUGAAUUGGUUCGUAGAAGAAGUAGACGCCAGAGGGCGCUUUCAAGAAACGACGUCAUACACAUGAUACGGGUAAUUAACCAGUAUCUAUCCGGAGAGCUAGCAACAUCUGGGACAACAAGCAGUUUAUCAACUUUAUUUUCUUCACAAAUGACUUCACCUUUAACGUCAACAUUUAGAUCAAGUUCAACAACCUUUAACCCAACGACAUCAACGACAACCUUACGAACAACAACCACCUUAAGACCAAUUUCAGUUGUAUCAUCAACAACUCCGUCAUCUCGUAUUUCAGAGUCACAGCGUAUGAUGCAACAGCUUAAAGAAGAGGAACAAAGACUUGUGUCACUCAUGCAAACCACGACUUCACCAACUACAAGACUUGCAACAGUUAACACGAUUGUAAACAGGCUAAAAGACAACGAAAGACAAAUCUUACAAGAACUUGCCAAUUUAGAAAGAACUACAAUACUACCACCGACUUCCCAGGUGACACCUAGCUUAGCUUCCAGAGAGUCCAUCCUCAACAAAACACGGGCAGACAUUGCAGUGGUGACUCGGGAUCUUCAACGGGUCCAAAGCGCACUUCUUCAGAGACUUCAUAGAGGAGACAUUAUGAACAAUGAACGUAAUACCCAAAGUAAUGCAGAACUUAUUCGUCUUCGAAAUAUGGAGCGAAAUCUUCUUCAAAGACGACGGUUUCUACAAGAAAGUCAGGCUAAUCAGAUUUCACACGAUCGAAUUCAACCAAUUGCAAAAGAGAGGAGAGAUGAAAUAAUGACGUCGAUUAAUAACUUGCUGAACGGACAACAAAUAGGGACAGCCCCACUUACCAGUGAUCUCCAGAAAGUCAAUACAAUUCAUUCUAAGUUUGAAAACGUCUUACUUUCGCUUGAAAAGGUCUUAAGUAAAGACGAACAAUUGUUCCUCAUUCAUAUUCUUGGUGAAAUAGAGAAAGGAAUAAAAGUGGACAGAAACAAUGCUCAACUCAACCAAUUAUUGCAAAAACUUUACAAUUUGUUACCUAGUACCGAUUACGUAUUUAUAAGAGACUUGUUGUUGGGAGAUAGCACUGAAAAUUUAACCAAACCUAUCACACUACAGCCACCGAACACUCUGUCUGGUUUUCCGAGUAAUCAAGUACAGUCUUUCCAUACAAGUGAUAUAGACAAAAUAGCCCAAGUCGUACAAUCUCAUCUUCAACCCCAGGAACUAGAAGUUGUAUUGAAACUUAUCUCCAUGAAUCAGCAAAAUGGGUCACACCUUCAAACUCCGUAUGUUCGUCUCAUUCUUCAAAAGCUACAGAAAAUGCUUACUUUCUCGGAAUACAAAACCCUCGAAAGACUGAUAAACGGAGGAAAUGGACAAAAUCAGCACCCAGUUGCGCAUGCCAACGCUGUAAACCCAAGAUUCAACCCAGCAACGCAGGAAAUAACACAGAUACAUCAUCAGUUAAAUCCUUUGCAACACCAACAAAUAGAUAAUAACAACAUGCCCCCAUCCACAUCGGAAUUUGUUGGUCAGCAGACAGUGAUGCAACAGCAAAACCAACCUUCAGCUUUGACUGGUCAGACUGGCAUUCAUCCGUUGGGUAAUGUUCCUGCAACAUCACAAGUUUUCCCUGGAGUGAUGAAUCAGAUGAUUCAUCCGAUGUUUCCCCGCCUCCCGUCUGCUUUCAUGCAGGAGCUCAUGUUUGGUGACACAACCGAUCCUCCAGAUAUCCCUGACCCCAGCACCCCACCCCCAACAAAAGCACCAGAGGCAACCGUGUUGUCCUCAAAUAUAGGGAUAGUAGAUAAGGUGUCUUCAUCUUCAACAGUGAAAGGAGGAGAUAUGGCGUUUUACAAAUUACCAACCUCUACCCCUAAUCCUAAUUUUGACAAGGGAAACAAUUCCAAGAAAAUUACCUCGCAUAUUAAUACAAUUAUGAACGUAUUGAAAAAUUCUGGGAUUCCUAAAAACGUUAAACUAGAGUUCCAUCUACCACAACAGAUGCAGGUUAAGAAAGAAAGUUUGUCGACGGUGGAAAAUAAAGCAGAACCUCAAACUCCUCAUGUAUUUACUCCACUUGCAAAACCAGCAGUUACAUUUCCCUUUAAACUUGAACAAAAUGCCAAAAAUACUCAACCUGACAGGAAAAAAGAUUACAUAAUACUAAAUAAUCAACAAUCUCAAGUUUUCGCGCCUUUCGAUCGGACAGGGGAAGCUACUCCAGUUCGUGUUCAAGUACAUGAUACUCAACCAAAAAAUAAACCUACUUUUCGUGGACCUCUUUCUAACCCCGGCAUCCAGGAUAGAUACCAGGUGAUCAGCGAAAGUCAUAAGGAUGAUUUAAAGAAAAUUGGUGCUAAUAUCUCAAAUAUGAAGACAUCAAAUUAUAUCGGGGAGACACCGGUUGUGUAUGAAGAUCAACAAUAUCCAAGAAAUGUUAUUUCGCAAAAUAAGAGGAACUCAAAUAUGAGCUUCACGAAUCUCAUCGGAGAUAGACUGGGAGAUAAUGAAAGAGUAUAUCGUAGAAAACCCCCCGCACCAAAGUCUGUAGAAGAACUUGAACAGAUGAACAAACGCUACUUUCAAAUUCCAUUAAAACAGUUGUUUCCGGGUCCAUUCAAGCAGGAGACGCCCAAAAGCGACAAUCCCCAUACCACAGUAGAUGUCAAUCGUAGAGUGCUUCCAACCGCACCCCCUUCUCAAUUGCAAUUUAAGAUACAGUCUAGAGAAGGAAAUAUACAAAACAUUCCGUCCAAAGCAAUAUCUUCUCUUUUGCAGCCUGGGAUAUCAAAUCAAUUUUCCAACAAAAUGGCAUCAGGUGCAGUGACAUCUGAAAUAAGGUUAGGACCAAUUUUGCCUACGAGACAAAUGCUUACAAACACAGAGCAAUCAAAGAUACUAGAUAGCACAAAGAACAUUAUUGACAAUAGUCAUCCUUAUACGCAUGUAUCUUCAGAUAGCAAUGUCAAACCUACUAUAAAUUUUAUGACUGAAUCCAAAAAUCUUGAAAAUAUAAAUCAAGGUAUAGAGAUGAAUUCUGCUAAUAAAAAGAAUGUGAUUCACUAUACAAAGCCUGUAUCAAAUAAACCAACAGAAGGGAUCCCUGUUACUUUGCCACCUCAGCAAGCUUCUUUCAGUGUUCCUCAGACAAACCAAUUUCUACAAAAGACGACAGACCAUGGCAGGAAAUGGGAAGAUGUAAAGAAGCUAGAGAAAGCCGCUGACAAUCAGAUAAAGAAUGUAAUCUUACACAGCGGUGGUCAGGUGAAAACGUCCUUCUGGGAUAACCUUAUACAGCAGGCAAAGUCGGGCACUUCAUCUAACCAAGUGAUUAAAAUUAAUCUUGAUUCAAAUCUGUUAGAAUCUCCUUUGCUGAAUGAAAAGAAGACGAAUGUCAACAACCCGAAGAUGGAAGAAGUAGAGGCUGAAGACACAACCACUACUACCACCACAACUACAACUACUGCCAAACCAAACGAAGAGUUCCGAAUGGAAAUUCAUACCAGUCAAGAUGGCGUCAGUAAGAUAAGUAUCAUUCCACAGGCGACUGAAGGUGAUAAACAUAAUUCAAAAUGCACACCAUCAUCAGAAGAUUUUAGAUGUUCUGGGGUGGUGCCUUUUGAUGCAGUAAAAUCUAUUGGAACAUGGUGCUUGGCAAAAUGUUUACAAGGGUCUUGUGUAGAAACUGUGUGUAACUGUUCAUGUGAUAAAAGGCUUCAUUCUUUUUCUGACCAUUCACAAGGAGAAAACAUGGCUUUCGCAUUAACAAAGGGUGACAACUCAAAUUCUACUCAAAUACAGGCAACACUUAACGAGAUCUACUCUUCGUUAAAGGAAAACACUAACUCUCAAGCUCAAACAAGUAGUAAUGAUUUGUCAGGAAGAAAUGAGAAUUAUGAAAAUGUCCAGAGAAUGAGUGUACAGAGUGUAAAUAACAGACAAAGUGCAGCACCCAACGAUCCUAUGAAUGUCCAAUUCCUGCUUCGGUCAAUAGAAGGCAUGAUAGAAAACAAACUUCGAGGAUUGACUCCAACAAAAACGUCUCCUCCACCAGAGGAGGAGGUGGAAGCAGAGGACAUCGUCACAACAACCCCUCCCUCUAAUAAUAACUGGAAUAACAAUGGUAAUAAUGACAACAAUAACGGGAAUAACAACGAAAAUUAUAAUAAUAACAACAAUUGGAAUAACAAUGGAAAUAAUAAAAACUGGAAAAACAAUGAAAAUGAUAAUAACUGGAAUAACAAUGGGAAUAAUAAUAAUAACAAUAACUGGAAUAACAAUGAAAAUAAUAAUAACUGGAAUAACAAUGGGAAUAAUAAUAACAAUAACUGGAAUAACAAUGGAAAUAAUAAUAACAAUAACUGGAAUAACAAUGGAAAUAAUAACAAUAAUGGAAACGGCUGGAAUAAUAACAUGCCACAAAACGGACAUAGUUCAAACAAUAAUAAUAAUGGUAAUUGGAAUAACCAAAACAAUGGGAAUAAUUGGAAUAAUAAUGGCAAUAACGGGAAUAACAAUCCGAAUAACUGGAAUAAUAAUAAUAAUAAUAACAAUAAUUGGAAUAACAAUUGGAAUAAUGGAAAUCAGUGGGGAAACAAUGGUCAGAACAAUGGGCAAUCGCAAAAUGGAAACUGGAAUGGACCAAAUAAUUUCGGAUGGAAUGGUCCGCCUCCAUAUUGGAAUCAAGGUCAAUGGAAUAAUGGUGGCGGACCUAACAACCACUGGAAUAAUAACCAACAAUGGAAUAACUGGGGCAGACCUGGGAACUGGAACAUGGCCUUUUCCCGGCGAAAUCAAUGGCAGGGUGGCGAGGGUGCCGAGGCGGCAGAUUGA